AUGCAGUCCGUAGUCUAUGGUCAAUGUCGUAGAUACACAUCACGAUAUUGGAGAAAAGUUCGAAAUUUUUAAUUUUAUGCAGUCAAAAAUAGCACAGGAAGCAAUAUAGUAGUUUGUUUUGCUACACAAACAGCUAUGGCUUUAACAGUGGACAAAUUGAUGAACGACGAAAGAUUUAGCGGUGACAGUGUCCUACAUUUCCUCCUGUAUCUACCGUUUGGUAUAUUACUAUUGUCAUUCAGAGUGUUCUUGGCGCUGGUACUAUGGAUCGCGUCAAUUAUAUUGCCGAACAAAUCGGCAGUCAGGCAAAUGCUGUCUACACUUGCAUGCUGGACAUUUGGUGUUUAUGUGAAACUAAAGGGUACCCGUGACCCGCGCUGUAGUGUUCUGGUGGCCAACUACGUGUCUUGUCUAGAUUCUCUAGCUGCCUCCCAUGUGCUUGGUACAAUCAGCCUCAGAAAAUGGAAAGUACCGCCAUUUUUUGCAUCUACUCUGGGCAUAAAGAAUGCUGCACAAUUUGUGAGGAAACAACACUUUGCCGAGAGUCCCAGUAAGCCGGUGCUGCUGCAGCCCGAGGGAGGCCCGACCAACGGCAAGGGCCUGCUCAAGUUCUCCGAGUGGCCCUUCCCGGUCGGCAACAAGGUGCAACCUGUCGCUAUCAGCGUGGAGCGCAUGUUCACCAAGGUGACGGUGCACGGGUCGGGCGACAGCGUGUGUGUGUUCCCGUGGUGGGACGCGCUGUGGUUCCUGUGGUCGCCGCUGACCGUGUACACGCUGCGCCUGCUGGCGCCGCUGCCGCCGCAGCGGGACGACGCCGCGCUCGCCGUCAACGCCGCCGACGCCAUCGCUGACGCUCUACAGAUUGAAAAGACAGAUUUCAAAUGGGAGGAGUUGUGUCGCGGGCGGCGCCGGGCCCCGCGGCGGCGCGAGGUCCCGGCCGACGUGUCGCGCCUCGCCAGGCAGGUCAAGGAAGUCUUGCCACGCGUGCCCAUCAAUGACAUACUCCGGGAUCUCGCAUCAACACGUAGCGUAGACGUUACAAUAACGAACUUCCUGGAGGGUGUGACUCCUUACACGCCGGAGCCCGAGCCGGCAGCGGAGCCCCAGGCCUCCACGUCGCAAGCACAGCCUCGCUACGUCAUCCCCACUCCCACAGGCGUCUUCCCAAAGAGUGCGAAGGAGAGACAGCUUAGCUUCCAAGAGCGGAAGGCUCAAAUGAUUGCCGAAGCCAGAAAAAGAUAUAUUGAGAAGAAUGGGCUCAAUGUGGCUUUGAAUAACUGUUGAAUGUAAUUGUAAGUAGUUUGGUUGUUUAUUGGGAGACUUUCAAUUCAUUUUAGGUGUAAAUUCGCCAUAUUUUGGGGGAGAAAUCAUUUCUGUAGACGCAAUCCAAGACAGUAUACACAAUGCCCAUGGGUUAAAGUUCCAAAUUAUGUGAAAAAAAUAGAUCUCAUUAUUCAAAACUGUUUUGUGGGCAGCAGUUGAAAAAUAUGUGUAAAAUCACGAAAUAAACACGCUAAAUCCACGUGGUAUUGUAAAAAAGACUUACAGCAUUAAGAAAAUAAGGUCUUAAAUCCAAAGAGGACGAACAUACGUAGGACUUGAUCCCAAAUAAACAACUGAACUACAUCAAAGGGUAGCAGAAAGGAAGGAUAAUGUUAAUGAAAGGGAAACAUAGGAUAGUUUGUGCCUAAAUAGGUUGAUUAACGAUAAAACUUAAAUUGAUCUAACUGCCCGUCUACAUUACACUUAUAUAACUUUUUAAAUCACAAACAAUUAGUAAAAAAUGUUACUCGAUAAUAUAUUUUUAAUUAAAUGUUAACGGGAUAAUUGUAAUGUAGAUGACGUAUUAGUUGUGACGUCAUAAUUACGAGUCCUUCCAAAGUGAUGACGUACUUGAAGUUUUAGUUUUAUAGUGAAAUGUAUGGUAGAUCCAAUAAUCAUAUUAUUUUUAACAUUUAAAUAUAGCUAUUGACAGUUGUAUGGAAAUUAUUUUAUAUUAUUUUGUGGUAACAUUGAAGGUUGUUCGAUAUUCUUUUUUUCUGGCAACAUUAGCCAUUUUUUUUAAUAGUAAGACAUUGUCUGCAUAUUGACGUGUGCUAGGUUUUUGAUAACUUAUCAACUAAUGUUCCUGAAAUUUUAUUGCUAUAUUAUUUUCAUGCGACGUACCUAGGGCAAGUCAAUGUAGUAGAAUUUAUAUUUCCUUUGUUAUUCUUAUAAGUAAUUAAUUACAUUUUGAUUCGGGCUCAGUCGGAGUUGGGUCGCGGUAAAACAAGAAAAAGUAGAUCGGUAAUUUUUCUAAUUUAUUAUUCGCAAACGUAUUAAAUUCAUGACUGAUAUUACUUAUUGAAAUGUUGAAUAAUACUCUUUUUAUUGAAGUUGGUAAAUAAAUUAACAUUUUUUUACCUAGUCCUGUCUUGAAGAGGCUUUCGACCAGAUUCUCAAACUAUUUAAAUACGAUAUUAAUUUAAAAGUUAAUACUAUAUUGUGACUUGAGAGUUUGGUAGUAAAAUUAUAUAAUUUUAAUAUUUAUGCUCCGACUGAAGCCUUAUUUAGGACGGAAUUGAAUAUUUUGCGAAAUAUAUAAUUAUAUAAUAGAAAAAUCAAAGAUUAUUUUUCUUAUGGUAAUCGUAUUAAACUUCCGUGUGUACAUACUUCUUUAUAUAUAUGAAUUAUUAUAUAAAUUAUAAAAUCACGCCUGAAUGUAAGUUCAAACGUUAUAGAACUGAUUUUGAUUGUGUUCUGUUAGAAUAAAAUACAUUAAAUAAAAA